AUGGAGGAUGUCAUUUCUGUCAGCUCUGGGAGUGAAGAGGACUCUGAUAUAGAAGUUAUAGGCUCGUACUGUGACGACAAGGAGGAUGCCAUACCAUUUAUCAGAGCACCAUUUUUCACCGUUAAACCGGUUUUUAUCAAUAUCACAAGCCACAGGUGGGCUCGACCAAGACGGAAGUGUCCAAGGAGCCCAUCUUCCCCCAUAGAAGUUGUGGACCUAAGUGAUGAUAGUCAUCCUGACAAUUCAGAGCAACAGACUCCUACACCUGAACUGUUAUUAUCAGAGAAUGAAAACCAGACCCUAGGAUCUCCAGUCACUAUCAUUCCUGAAAACUGUAGGGAUACUCAACGUUCAAAUGCUCAGGAUGAAAACCUUGACCAAAAAGAGACAACUGAAACCAGUGCCCAGCAGCUGAACAGCGAAAGCACACAAUAUUCCUGCAGUUUCGACAGUUCAGUUAAACCUCAUACGUCGUCCACAAACUUACAGAAUAACUUCCAUGAAGUUGCUGCAGAGUCCACCAAGGAUGCACAACUGAGGCCUUUGAGUCCUGCUGAGUGCAAACUUCCAGAGCUAGACACCGAAAACAGGAGAGCAUUGGAUUCUCCGAACUGGCUUGAUAACACACCCUCUCCUUUUAGCCUUGACAGUGCAUACUACUGUCCCAGUGAGGUUGAUGCUGUUAUUUACUCUGAUGAAUCUAACAUGCCUGAUACCAAAGACUCCUCUUGCACACAAACUGGUGACCUCCCGCAACAGUCGCUUGAUUUUACUGAAGACGUUCCUAAGACUAUUUCUCAGGAUGAUCCAUCUCUCGAUGCAUCCUCAUCCAGUAUGUUUUUCGAAUCUGUAGGUUACAGUAAAAAUUACCCUCCUUGUGUUCCACUUCCUCAGCUCUCUCCUCCAUCCAUACCUGUGUCAUCUGUAGCUUCUCCCACCCAAAGCUUAGUCUUACAGUCCAGCCAACACCAUACAGCACCCACCCAACCUGUCAGCCCCACCUCCACAGAAAUUCUUGCCAGUGACACCUCAGACACAAAUGUCUUCCCGACUGAUCUAGUAUUGGAAAGUCCCCCUAGCAUCCCUGAUCUCCCCAGUCCUCUCAGCCUCCCUGAACUGUCUCCACAUUCUGUCAACUUUGAAGAGGAAGUGGAGUGGGGAGGGGUCCCGUCUAAUGUGAAGCCAGCUGAAAUUUCACCCCUAGGGUCAUGGCAGGGGAUCAGUGAGCGGAGAGAAGAUUUGCUGGAUGACUCUUUUGAAUCAGAGCUUACUGAAGCCAACACACAGGACAGGCAGUUUGUGUCUCGGGCCCAGUACCUGAGGCUGAAGAAAUUGAUGGGAGAGGCUGUACAAGACCUGGUUGAGGAGGAAGAUGAAGAUGAAGGCUAUGGUGCAGCAGAGCCACUCUGCAGACAGAGUCUUAGUCUGGUCUACAGUACUAUUGAGGAAAACUACCCGGAGGGCACCCUUCAGCUGCUGUCUGACUUCCUGCAUCCUCGUUUCUACCCACCCCCUGACAUCACGGCACACUUACUGAGAGGAAUACUGCUUGAUCCACAGAGCCCAGAUUUUUUAUCAGCAGAGGCGUACAACCUGCUGAUGCAGAUACAGAAAUACCACCCUGCUGACAUAUCCACUGUUUCAUGGGACUGGGACUUACUGACAUCAGCAAUGGAGCAGAAGGCUUGCACUAAGAAACUUCGUAAAGAGGUCCUGCUCAUGCUCCUGAAGUACGUGCUGCAGAUACUGGAAGAUGACUUCCAUUGCAAGCUGCCGAUGCAACGUCUUCACUUGUCCAUUGCCAAGGCAACACUUUCAUGUGAUAAGAAGUUCACCCAGGUGAGGGAUCUAAUUAAUUGGCUAUUAGAUGCAGCUAAGCAGUCUAUCAGGAAUUCACGAAAUGAUGAAAAACCCAAGAGUGAGAGAGAUGACUGUCUUAAGAUGGUGCUAAUUCUACAAAGAAUGCUAGUGUUAGCCUUGGAGGUUGACCGAACCCCAGCCUGUAGCUCAAAUAAGCUCUCUCAAGAACUCUGUCAUGCACUCAACUGCACUGCUCCGUCCCGCGAACUCAGGUUACUGUUGUUGGGCACACUAGAGAGCAGGCUGUUGAGAUGUAAGCUCUUGGAACUGCUGUUAGACCAGUCCUGUCCAGACAAAAGACCUUUGCCUAUGUCUCUAAAGCUGCUAUUACACUUUCUCCAGAGCUCCACACCAUUUCCCGACCCAUCGGAUGGGCUGGAAAGAUGGAAGAAAUGGGAUGAACUUGUCCAGCUUCUAUGGAUGCUGCUGCUUAGCUAUGAAGAAGUGAUUAAAGGUCAUCUUCGCUGUUCCGUCACAGAGCGGUCCACGUACUCCCGUGCUCCUAUGUGGACCGUGAAUGACGAGGUGACAAAGACAGAGGUCCAGAGAGCAGCAGAGACCUUCCUCUCUCGUGCACUAGAUGACCUGGGCCAGGCUCUCCCCACACAAGUGCAGGAAUCACUAUCUCAAUUACAGGAGCAUGUUCUGGAUACCUGUCGACAUUAAUGGACC